UUUUAUAAAAAAAAGUCAGAGUUGAAAAAUUGUUGAUGAAGACAAAACAGCUUAAGCCUGCAAAUUUAUGUCCAUUUAGUAUAAGACGACUUGAGAAAUUCUCUCCAAAAUGUCUCAUAAGAAAACCGUUCUCCUCCUGUGCGGCGAUUACAUGGAAGAUUCUGAGGCUAUGGUUCCUUUUCAAGCCCUUUUAGCCUAUGGUGUUGCUGUUGAUGCUGCUUGUCCCGGCAAGAAAGCUGGCGAGUUUUGCCGCACUGCCGUUCAUGAGUCUUCCGGUCAUCAGACGUAUUCCGAGUCACGUGGGCACAAUUUCACUCUCAAUGCAACUUUUGAUGAAAUUGAUUUUGGCAAAUAUGACGGGUUGGUGAUACCGGGAGGUCGUGCACCAGAAUAUCUUGCCAUGAAUGAAUCCGUGUUAGAUUGUGUCAGGAAAAUUGCUGAUUCUGGAAAGCCAAUUGCUUCCAUUUGCCAUGGUCAAUUAAUAUUGGCGGCUGCAGGCUCAGUAAAAGGUCGGAAGUGCACGGCAUAUCCUGCUGUGAAGCCAGUUCUUGUUGCUGCUGGGGCCCAUUGGGUUGAACCCAAAACUAUGGCAGCUUGUGUUGCUGAUGGCAAUCUUAUUACCGGGGCUACAUAUGAGGGACAUCCUGAAUUCAUUCAGCUUUUUGUGAAGGCACUAGGGGGUACUAUAACUGGUGCAGAUAAAAGGAUUCUUUUUCUCUGCGGGGAUUACAUGGAAGAUUAUGAGGUAACUGUUCCUUUUCAAUCUCUUCAAGCUCUUGGGUGCCACGUUGAUGCAGUUUGUCCCAAGAAAAAGGCUGGGGAUUCCUGCGCAACUGCUAUCCAUGAUUUUGAAGGGGAUCAGACUUACAGUGAAAAACCAGGCCAUCAUUUCCCUCUAACAGCAUCCUAUGAAGGUAUAGACGCCUCGAGCUAUGAUGCUCUUGUCAUCCCUGGAGGCCGUGCUCCAGAAUAUUUGGCACUGGAUGAGACGGUGAUUACCUUGGUGAAACAAUUCAUGGAAUCUAAGAAACCAGUGGCAUCCAUUUGCCAUGGGCAGCAAAUUUUAGCUGCUGCUGAUGUUCUGAAGGGAAUGAAAUGCACCGCAUAUCCUGCGGUGAAGCUUAAUGUUGUGUUAGCAGGUGCAUCGUGGAUAGAUCCUGAUCCUAUAGACCGGUGCUACACACAUGAAAAUUUGGUUACUGGAGCUGCAUGGCCAGGGCACCCGGAGUUUAUCUCUCAGUUAAUGGUCUUACUCGGCAUCCGUGUCUUGUUCUAGUUGUUGAAUAACAUGCUUUAGCUUUUGUAUAUCAACUCGUGUAUACUGGUUAUGGACUUUGGGCUUUUGAAUCACUUUGUAGUUUGUAUGUUAUUUUGUUGCGAAUGAAGUAAAGUUUCAUAGA